GUUGGAGGACCCUCCCUCGUAGCAUACAGAGAGGCAGGAUGUCGAACCCAGAACAGUAUGACAUGGACUUCUACCAAUCAAAUUAUAUCAUUGAUAAUCAGGAGCAGAGUUAUAAUGAUUCUAAUGCUUACGGAAAUUUCUAUGGAUCCAGAGAACCACAAGCCAGUGAGCAGUCUCAACCUUCCUCCCCAGUUCCACCAGAGAUGUUCUUGCCAUCAGAUUAUGGGGGGCAGCUUUUUCAGCCAGCGUCCAACCUGGAUUACUAUUCACAGACUUCCUCAGUUGACAGUUUUGAUGAAGAGCCUCCUUUGCUAGAGGAACUUGGAAUUAAUUUUGAUCACAUAUGGCAGAAAACCUUGACGGUGCUAAAUCCAAUGAAACCAGCAGAUGGCAGCAUCAUGAAUGAAACAGAUCUUACAGGACCCAUCCUUUUCUGUGUGGCUCUGGGAGCCACGUUGCUUAUGGCAGGAAAAGCUCAGUUUGGUUAUAUCUAUGGCAUGAGUGCCAUUGGCUGCUUUGGGAUUCAUGCCUUACUGAACUUGAUGAGCUCUUCAGGGGUGUCGUAUGGCUGUGUGGCCAGUGUGCUAGGAUACUGCUUGCUCCCUAUGGUCAUCUUGUCCAGCUGUGCAGUUUUCUUUUCACUGCAGGGUACCGCUGGAACCAUGUCAGCCCUGCUCAUCAUCACCUGGUGCAGCCUCUCAGCGUCUAAGAUCUUCAUUUCAGCCUUGGCCAUGGAAGGACAACAGCUCCUUGUCGCUUACCCCUGUGCCUUACUUUAUGGACUCUUUGCCCUUCUGACAGUUUUCUAAAGACUGCUUGGCGUGGUUUUGCAAGAUCCUACCAGCUUGCUCUUCAGAUUUUUCUGGAAGUGUGCUUCCACUCAGAUCCUGUGAGAUAACUUCCGUGUUAUCGCCGUUGAGAGACUAUUAAGCAGAGAGAGGAGACGGUGCUCAGUGAUAGUGCUCUGCUAGCCGGUUGGUGGGGAUGAUGAUGUUUGAUUUCUUUAGCCUGCAGCAUUAAAACAGUUAAAACGUUUUUGAAAUAUUAAGAGAUGCAGUCUCUGUGCUGAUAGAUGCUGUUUUUCUCAACAGACAUGCUGCUGAAAAAUUAUAAGCAAAACACCAUCCUAUGCCUAACAUUUAUUAACUUUAUAAUAAAUAUUUUUCAAAAACUUUCA